GAGUCCCCAACAAAUUCGCCAACUGCCGCCGUGAGUUCCCCUAAACAGACGGUGUCCCCAACCCUACAACGGGGACAUGAAGCUGUCCGGCGUGCCUGCUAAGCGUUGUCCCGACUCACCCCCUUUCCUGCUGUCGUGCUGUCCCCCGACCCCGGAUGCGGCCAGCCCUGUGUCGCGGAGACUUGAGGAGAGCCGCCGUGACCGGAAUCAAUCAAUUACAGAUUUCUUCAAACCAAUUCCAAAGCAAGAUAGACUUGUGUUGAACUCUCCACAAAGGACAAAUCUUAAAUACAGAAGAGAUAUAUUAUUGGACACUGGUAUAGGACAAUUUGAAAGAAAAACAUCCUCACCAAAAAAUAUGUGUAAAAAGAUGCCAGCCACACCACGGAAUAAGAGUCCCAUUACAAAGACUUUGAUGGGAGAAUUUAAAGAGGAGGAAAGCCAAAGAGAUACCCAUGAGAGAAAUCAGCCUCCAGUGACUGUCAAAUCCUUUAUGUCUACUUCACAUCAUUGCUUGUCAAGGAAUGAAAUGAAGGACUCAAGAAAGCAAGAAAAAUCUCCAAUUAAAAUGUCAUCACAUAAUCAUGAAAACAUUAAGGAGAAGGCUAAGCUCACAGAUAAAAGGAAGAAAACUGCAGAUGCCAAAAUUUUGGUUUCAUCACCAAAACCUGAGAUUUUGAAAAACAGUUCCAGCAAAAUUGACAGUGAAAAUGACGUGUCCAGGUGCCAUUGUGUGAAAAUGCAAAAGGAUCCAGAAAAUGGACUUUGCUCAAGAAAAAGAUUUCAUUCUGAUUCACUGGAAGCUGCUUCAGGUGCUGGAUCCUCUGGGGUAUCAAAUGCUAAAACUUCCAUUAUUUCUUCUUCUACAAGAAAGAGAGAGGUCACUUUACCUAAAGCACCUAGUGAGUGUUCUCUUGUGUCAACCAGGAUCAAGAAACAAAAAAAGAAGAAUUUCAAGGAUGUUGCCAAUACAUCUUCAGUGAAAACAUCUAAGAAAUCUUUGCCUUUUCAAAAUAGUAUUACUAAGGCUUCUCCAGCUGUACUUGGAGAUGUUGAUUUGUCUAGCCCAAGCGUUUCAAGACUUUCACGUAAAAAGUUAGGAAACUCCAGUUCCACUAGUGGAAUAUCAAGAAAAAAACCAAAAGUUUUUUUUGAUAGUGAUGAGGAAAAUUUAGAUUGUAACCUGGAAAGUGAUGAGGAAGAGGUAGCAUUAAAGCCACUGCAAGAAAUCAUGUCUUUGAAUUCCAGUCAGCCUGCAACUCCAGAAAAACCUUUUGUACUUUCAGGAAAACCUAGGGCAUUAUCAUCAAACAUUUCAAUAAGUCUUCGUUACCAGCUUUAUGAGAACAGUUUGGAGCGCCUAGCAAAGGAGAAUGAAGAUCAUUCAAGGUCAGAUGAAUGGGAAAAAGAACUAAAAGAAGAUUUAGUGAAAGGUCAGGGAAUAAAAUCCCUAAUUGAGUCAGAAGAAGCAGAUGACAGUGGAGAACUCCAAGAAGAGCAUAAGGAACUUUUAAGGAAAUUCUUCAUUGCUCUUGAUGCUAUACCUGAUUGCCAUCCUGGUGAAGAAAUAUUUCACUUUUUCAAUUAUGGAAAAAUUUUCAAUCAGUAUACAUUGGACUUAAGGGAUUGUAAUUUUGUUCCAAAGAAUGCUAUUGAAGAUCUUAUUCUUAAGUCAGGAAGAACACAGCAAAUUUUUUUAACAACACAAGGUUAUCUCAGCACUGCUUAUCACUACAUCCAGUGUCCAAUACCUGUAUUAAAGUGGCUGUUUCAGAUGAUGUCUGUUCACACAGACUACAUUGUUUCUCUACAACUUUUGAAUACAUUGAUAGACAUAACAAUUAGAAAUGAUGCCACUAGUGGCCCAUCAGUUUGUCCUUGGAUCCCAUCACUAUCUGAUAUAGCAUCUGUGUUUGUCAACAUGGGAGUUAGUUUUAAGUGUUUAUUUCCUGUUCAGAAUCUUCAGCCUGACUUUAAUGAGGAUGUUUUUAAUUCAGAGGUACAAAGCUUGUCUGAAGAAAGAGCAAGUGAAGAUUCUAUAGAAGAUGCUCUUGUUUUAUGUCUUCCAGAAACUAACAUUUUAAAUGUAGUUAAGUUCAUGGGCUUGUGUACAGCCGUAUACCCAGAAGGUUACACAGAUCAAGAAAUAAUCUUGCUGCUUUUAAUGUUCUUGAAAAUGAGUUUGGAAAAGCACCUGAAGCAGAUUGCACUUGUGGACUUUCAGAGUCUCCUGAUAAACCUAUUGAAAAACAUUAGAGAUUGGGACACAAAGAUGCCUGAACUUUGUAUGGCUAUAAGUGAGCUGUCCACUCAUCAUCACAACCUUCUGUGGUUGGUACAGUUUGUUCCUAACUGGACUUCACGUGGAAGGCAGGUGAGACAGCAUCUCAGCCUACUAAUUAUUGCUAAAUUUUUGGAUAAAAAACCUGAAGAUAUUCCCAGUGCCAGUGAUAUGCAGAUGUCUCUCCUUUGCCAGUACCUUGUACAAAUGAAACCUUCUGAUUUGCUAAGGAAAAUGAAAGCAAAGAAAGCAGGUGAACAGCAGGAUAACCCUACCAAAGACUCUUCAAGUCUAGACCUUGAGCAACAGGUAUAUUACCUGACCUAUGUGCUCCUUCACUUAGUCAGCGAAGUUAGUUCCUAUUCUUUUCCUUUUCAACGAAGGAAAUAUUUGCUGCAGCUUUGUCGUUAUCUGGAAAAGCACAUAAGGUGUUGUAUCAGAGAAGAUGCAAGAUUUUUUCAUAGGACAAAGGUAAUAGAUUUAGUUGCUAUAAUACAUGGAAAAUGGCAAGAAAUGAUCCAAAAUUCUCUGCCUACUCAGGGAAAGCUGCAUGACUUCUGGGUACCAGAUUCUUAAUUGGAAGAGCUAAAAUGUUGACUCAGGAGAAAUUGAACAGGACAAGAGACUUUCCUGAAAAUAUAUGGAAAAUGUAGACAGACUUACUUAGAAACAUUUCUGUGAAGGAACAGACAAGAAAUAUGCCAUUUGAAUGCAGACUGUACAGGACCAUGUGUAAAGCAUCAACCUUGAAUGGGAUUUACAGUCUUGACCAAGUUCUCCUAUGUAUUGGAAUGGUGUUUCUUCAAGUCUUAUGGGUUGCAAAUACAGUUUCUUCACCUGUAAAAAUC